UCCCACGUACUUCUCUCCCUCUCUCUCUGUUGGGUGGGCUCUUGGGUCGUCAGGGAGUCGUUUCAGACGACUUUUUCCUCAGCGGAGGAAGAGUGCAGAACCGAUUUGGUGUGGGCUGAUGCGACACACAUGUUUCUACAAAAAUAGAUGGUCCUUCCCCGCUAGGCUGUGUGUGCAGAGACUGGGGAUCACGUAAACGGGUCACACAACUGCCUCUGAAAAAGGUCCGGCAACGUCUGUCUACUUCGCGGAUGGCUUUUGAGCUCUGACUGGAACCUUUGUGAGCCGUGCAGUGACCGUGAGGUGCCCUUGAUCUAGACCGUGCCUCGUCCGUGAUCGAGAGACCAGGGGUGACAGACAGACGUCCGUCUGACUCAGACAGUGUUGCUAUGGACAACCCCGCCAUGGAAAUGGAACAGAGUAAAAACAAACCGCGGACCAAACGCGACCCUUCUCCGACAAACAAGCAAAACAGACCGGGGAAGGAUUCCGGACGGCCAAACGGAAAGAGUGCAGCAGCCAAUGGUAAGACUCCCCAGAAAAACGGAUCGAACGGAACUCGGGACCGUCUGACCUCCAGCGAGCAGUCGGAACGGAACGGACCAAAACCGGGGAAGGGUGAGGAAGAACCGGAGAUGUCGCCGCAGAAGAUGCAGCUGCGGACCACGGUACCACAGAGCAUGACCCCGAAGGACUUGCAGUCGGGGCCGCACUCUCCACGACCCAGGGGAAGCUCCAGACAGAAGUCGCCGGCCGCCACAGCGCGGAAGGGGUGCGAAUGUUGUAGGUUGUACUUCUUCCUGACCAUAUUCCAGUUACUGGUCGGAGCCGGCGUCAUCGUCCUGUGUGUCUUCAUCAGUGAGAUCUACAGCGACAUGUCACGUGAUGUUCCCUACUGGUCAGGAAUCCCGCUUGUAAUAGCAGCGCUUGUCGGCAUAUAUUCCUGCAUCUUCAGUCGAAACAAGUUCGAAAGUACCUGGCAUUUCGGAGUUAGGAUUUUCUUCUGGAUUCUGACGUUCUUCUGCUGUAUCGCCUGCGUGGUGGCGGCGACGUUUGCCGGGCUGCACGGCACCAGCAUCGUGGACUAUGUAGAAUGUCUGUCCCUGGACUCCUCCUGUCAGUGCACCAAAUCGUUCGACUCCUCAGCGCGAGUCUUCAUGUACAUCGACAUGACCGACUGUAACCUUGUCUUCGAGAAGCUGAAAGUUCUACUGUUUAUCAGCUGUGGAGUCAACGCGUUCGGAGCCUUAGUGUGUUUCCUCAUCCUCGUCAUGAUGUGGAAGAGGAACUACCAACGGUUCUACACUGGGCUGGGCUACACCUAUGCUAGUACUGCAUAGCGAGGAUACUACUAUGAACACUUAUCAAGAGAGUUUUCAUGUUCAGAAAUUAAAUCAGGGAACAGUGUCUUGCGAACUUGCGUAGACAUAAAUCAUUUGGUGCCUGCUAGUUAAAGGUAGUUAACGUUAUCAGUCAAAUCAUGUUGGUUUUAAGAAGUAUAUAUUGAUGAUUGAAGUAAAUCGCCCAGUUCUUUGAACACUUGGAUGGAGAAGUUUAAGUCACAUCAACAGAAGUUCAAAGUAGGGGCGAAAAGGAAAAUGGUGUGACGGCGUUCGUGACAACCGCCAGGAAAUAUACAUAAUAUAGUGUUGUUUUGACGUGGAAGAACAUGGAAAUGUCACGACACACCAGGGCCAUGUACUAGGAAGUGCGUCGCCCAGUCCAAACAACACUACCAACUCGUUUAGCCCUAGGGAUGCCCUGCCAUGGAUAACCUUGAGCAUUGCUGAUGGAUCAAACUCCCAAUCUACAGUCCGUCUGACGAAUCUGGACCUUUUAUGUAGAAAAUUUGAAUGGAUUCGACCACUUUGUUAUACCUUUGUAUUUAUUUCAAAUUCAAAGAAUGAAAGUUCUUCCUGCUCAAGAA